CCACCGUUUUUGGAAGCCUCCCAAAGUCAUCAGCCAGCUAGGAAUGGGAUAUGCUGGGUGUCUUGGAGGGGACAAGGAUAUGGGAUCGACAUAACGCAUCUUCUUCAGCGUGUCGAUAGCUGUCUGCCAGAAGGAGUGAUAGGGACUGUCAUCUGUGAUUGGAUAUCAUCAGGUUCAACUGCUGAAGCCAUUCUCAAGUCUCGAAAGCUGGCCUCACCAUCACAAAUUCUCCUACCGGGUCCAUCAAUAAUAUACACCGCAGUAAUGACACCUCCACAAUUACCACCACAGUCCUAUAUACCACCACCAGACUCAGCACCAAUUCCUUAUUUAUCGGGUAAGGCUAUACCAGCCCAACAGUAUCAAAUAACUUCCCCAAAUCAGUCAGCCUACCCAUCAACACUGUCAUCCCCUGGUGCUACAACUACACCCACACAAAUCCCUCAAUUUCUCAUGCCACAAGCACCGCCAGGCUCAAAUCCCUAUCCCCCAGAAUUCCCUACAACAGCAAGUGCUAUCAUCACAACUGCCCCAUGGUCCCCAACGACACCAUUACCCUCAACCUUCACAACUCCACCCCAAAAAAUUUUUUACAGUCAUUCACAUCCACCAGCUAGAUCGGAAAGACAGUGUAAUUAAUUUACAAUGUUUAUACUCAAUUCAUAGUGUGUCAUUUUGGGCUCUCGGUUACUAGUAACAUGCAUUUUACGUUGCAUUAUUUAUGUUCCCUGA